UGGUAUUAACCCGGAAAUAAAUUGUAAACAAUCACGAUGCUGGAUGGUGAUAAAGUGGCCAAGUUUACUAACUGUUUAUUCGAAUCCUAUGAAAAAUGCAGAGGAAAAGCUGUAAAAUCCAUCCCAGAUUUUCUAUUCUGGGAUGUGGUUGUCUUGACAACUGGAGAUGCUGAGCAACAGAGGGUAUUUGAAAUGCAACUUGAGUCAAAGCGAUCAAGAGGGGAGCUUCCAACUGAUGUGCCAUUCCAUGUGUUUAGCGAUCCACCAAAUACAAAGACCGGGAAUGGUGGCGCUACUAUCAAUAGCCUGGCAGAACUCGAGUCCAUCUACAAAGAGCGGCUGUCAUCCAUGCGUGUUCUACUCAUCCAUGCUGGAGGACAAAGCAAGCGUUUACCCUGUGCAAGCAUCAUGGGAAAAAUCUUCACUGCCAUUCCAGUCGGACCACAUAUCAGCGACAUGUUGGAUCUUAAUCUCGCCAUGUUCUUGCCAUUUUUGAAAAAGAUGCAGCCAGGUGUUUUUGUGACUUGUUCCGACGUUAUCUUGCCAUAUUUCUUGGAUUGCGGCGGCGAUUGGUCGUUCGAGCUUCCUGGGUUUACCGUCCUUGCUCAUCCGUCCUCGAUCGAGAUCGCGACAAAACACGGCGUGUAUGUUCUUAAGGAUGCUGGCGCUGCCCUCCAGAAGAGCGUGGGAACGUUCCAAUGCCUGAAGGUGCUGCAAAAACCAUGUGAAAAGGACAUAAGGGAAAAUGGUGCCAUUGUUGAGAAAAAUGGAGAAGAAUUUGUCUUUACAGACAGUGUCUUUUUCUUCGAUCACAACGUCUCGUCUAGGUUAUUAAGAUUUCAUGCAGACUGUGGUCCAAUUACCUGCGAGAUAGAUGGCUAUGGGGACUUCCUUCAAGCUUUAGGACCUUUGGCAAACUCCGACUAUAUCAAUAAUACAUCCAAUGUCAGUUAUGUCAAACCCGAGUUGCUCAACAUGCGAUUGAAAGUGUUUGACUUGUUGAAAUGCUUGCCACUGAACACGACUGUACUCAACGAUUCGAAAUUUUAUCACUUGGGAACAAUGCAGGAGUAUGUAACCAACUUCUGUGAAGACAUGACCCUUUGUAAAGUGAUGAAUUUCAAAAGGUCAGCCUUCAGCAAAGUCGUACAAGAUAGGUCCAACAUACCGGGUAGUGUGGAGGGAAGCAUCCUACAUAGCGUGGUCAUAUCAAGCUCCGUCAUUCCAGAAAUAUCCGUCGUAGAAUUCUGCCACUUUGACAUUCCCUUCAAAAUUGGUGAAAAUUCAAUCAUCAGCAACUGUGAAUAUAUCUCAAACCUUCAAGGUGACAGCAACCUAAAAUGUGAUGGCAAAAUCCUUGAAAUUCCCUCAAACACAUUCAUCCACACUGUGCCCAUUAAACUGGGUUCUGAUACCUUCUACAUUACCAUAAUGUGUAGCACUGGUGAUGACCUGAAAGCGUCCACUCUCAAAAACGAAGUGGACGAACUGAAAUAUUUUGGUCAUGACUUUACAAAGGUCCUUGAUGCCUGGGGUAGGUCUGUUGACGACAUCUUUCCCAAAACUGAAACCUGCAGCCUCUGGAGGGCACGGUUGUUCCCUGCCCUGCCAAACAUGAGCCAGGCACUUGUGGCCUCUCUCUCAUUACUAUCGGAUCUGGCUGAUUCUGGUCCGAAGUUUCAGAUUCCAAGCGAUACGGUCUGGUUGUCCAUGGCAGACAUGAUGACAAUGAAGGACGUCUCUGGCAUGUUGGAAUACAGGAACUUGUUGCAUGGUGUGAUAAAGGCAUCGCUGUUAUCUGAAAUCUGAAGUAAGACUCGGUACUUUGAAUCAGGUAAAUCUGAGGAGUUUUCCCAGAGAGUUAUGUUUGUUAUAGUUUAUUUAUUUCACGUAUACAUACAUGUACAUGCAUAGACAUUUACAUUUAGAAUGAGUUACUGGCGUUUCCUUAGUGGGGGAGUUUAGUUAGUUAUAGUUUAUUUAUUUCACGUAUACAUACAUGUACAUGCAUAGACAUUUACAUUUAGAAUGAGUUACUGGUGUUUCCUUAGUGGGAGAGUUUAGUUGGUUAUAGUUUAUUUAUUUCACGUAUGCAUACAUGUACAUGCAAAGACAUUUACAUUUAGAAUGAGGUACUGGCGUUUCCUUAGUGGGAGAUUUUAGUUGGUUAUAGUUUAUUUAUUUCACGUAUGCAUACAUGUACAUGCAUAGACAUUUACAUUUAGAAUGAGGUACUGGCGUUUCCUUAGUGGGAGAGUUUAGUUUAGUUAUACAUUGUAGUUUAUUUAUUUCUUGUAUACAAACAUGUAUGACAUAACUAAUUAAUACAGACAGAAAAAUAAAAAUGUUUACACAGGAGACCAAGCAGGUCACAGUGACCUAGUAAAAUGGCCCCCAAAAUGCCUUGGACUGGUUAGAAAUCGGUUUAAAUUUGUGGGCCUGGCGUCGACCCUGUUUAUACAAUGUUAGUUUGCCUCUUUACCAGUGGUGAGCUCUGUUGUGGAGAAACAAAAUGGCCGAUUCUUGGGGUCGGCCUUUGCCGUUUCCAACUUCCCAUUGAAAUCGGCAGUGACUUUCCCACAACUUGGUGGACCUGGACCACUCCACCGAAGGAGGUGCUCACCUGGAAAGACGCAAAUUGUUGCAUCUCUGUUCUGUAUUGGUGCUGGUUAUAAUUGUCACUUGUUGGGCAUAAAUACAUCUUUCAUCAUUGUCCUACCUGUCUACUGGUGAGGGAAAGCAGCUUAUCUGUGAUUAGGAAAAAAAAGCUCAAUAGUUAUACUUUUUAGAGAACAAAGUUAGUUAUUUUAAUGAUAACAUAACGUUUGGUGAAGUGGAGCAGCUUAUCUGUGAUUAGGAAAAAACAGUUAAAUAGUUCUAUUUUAUAGAGAA